GCCGCGUGUGUGCGCAGGGCGGGGCCGGGGGCGGGCCGCGCGCUCCGCCAGUCGCCAGCGCUCGCACCGCGCCGCAGCGUCGAGCGCUCUCCGGUCACUCCGCGCCCGCGACUCGACCGCGCCGCACGUCUGUGACCGCGCACUAGUGUACUCCGCGAGCCUCCCGCUCCGGGAGCGCGAUCCGAGCGAAAGGGUUGGAGCGGGCGGGUUCGGGCGGCGCCGAGCCGCGCACGCGCCGCGUCAGCGCUGCCGGCAGUCGGCACACGCGAGCGCACCGGCCGCGCGAUGGACGACAAGCCGGGCGGCGAGGAGCACUACAGCCUGCGCUGGAACAACCACCAGGCGCACCUGCUGCGCUCGUUCGAGGCGCUGCUGCACGCGGAGACGCUGGUGGACGUGACGCUGGUGUGCGCCGAGCGCCGUGUGCGCGCGCACAAGGUGCUGCUGGGCGCGUGCAGCCCGCUGUUCCGCCGCAUCUUCAGCGAGAACCCGUGCAAGCACCCCGUGAUAGUGCUGAAGGACUUCCAGGGAUGGGAGGUGCAGGCGGUGGUGGACUUCAUGUACCGCGGCGAGGUGUCGGUGGCGCAGGAGCAGCUGGGCACGGUGAUCCGCGCGGGCGAGUCGCUGCAGGUGCGCGGGCUGGCCGACCAGGAGCCGCCGGAGGAGGCGCGCUCGGCCGCGUCGGCCACGCCGCCCGCCAGCCCGCACAGCCCGCAGCCGCGCCGCAAGCAGGCGCGCCCGCGCCGCCGCUCCGGCGACGACGCGCCCGAGAACCUGUCCAUGCGGCGCUCGCCGGGCGGGCUGAAGGCCGUGCGCCUGGCGCGCGCGCGCUCGCCGCCCAAACCAGAGCCCGAGGAGCCGGAGCCCGAGGCGCCGCCGCCGCCGCGCAUGUUCCCGCCGCACCAGGACCUGUUCCCGCCGGUGCCGCCGCCGGCCGUCUCCGCGCUGUCGCUCACGCCCCCGCACAUGUUCGGCAUGGAGUCGCCCCUGGGGCUGUUCCCGCCGGGCAUGGAGCACAAGAUGUACCCCCUCAUGGAUGUGGAGCACCGGCCGCCGCCGCUGGAUGCGCAACUCUUCACCAGCGUCAAGAAAAAAUGGCGACCGAAGGGCCAGCACAGCGCGCCGCGCGGCGGGCCCCCUCGAUCCUGGACAAACGCAGAACUAACGGAAGCUUUACAACACGUAUGGAACAAGAAAAUGACCACGAGCCAAGCGUCACGGAUAUUCGGCAUACCCUACAACUCGUUACUUAUGUACGUGCGCGGUAAAUACGGGAAAAGUUUAAAACUCGAGCAGCUAAGGAAAGAUUGCAUCGGCGGGCCGCUCGAAGUGUUGAAUCUUAACUCAGGCAACAACAACAACAACCAUCCCAGCAAACACCACGACAAAGACGACCACCACCAGAACGCGAGCCAAAGACCGGCGAGCUCAGAGCCGGACAUAUCCUCCAAUCCGAUGUUCAAUCCGUUCCAACAGGGAUUCUAUCCGGAAUUCCCGCCGGGAUUCCCGAUGCCGUUGAACAUGUUGCAUCUUCUGCCGCCGAGCGAAAAAGCGAGAGAGUUGUACCAGUCGAUGCCGAUGGCUCUCGACUCUCUCUCUGGUGUGACGAAGGAGGAGGACUGCAAGAGUGACAGGUCGAAGGAGAACUCCGCGGAUGAAGAAGGAGAUCCGUACAGGCCGGGACACGCGCCGCAUCCGCCAGAUAACCGCACACUUCUACAUCACAACGGGCAGGACUAAUCCUUCAUAAUUAGUUGAAACUUCCCUUCACUGUACCUUCUCUUCUGUCCCCGGCACAUGUAAAUUCUCUGCGUGUCGAAAGAUGCAAUUGCUAUUUACUUGCCGGGAUCUUUAUAAUUUAUGGAUGUCUACAACUAAUGAAACGAACGGCGAAACUGUAGUUUUGUCAGCGUACGCCCGAUACGAGGCUAGAUUAAAAUUUAAUUGUAUUUAUGUACUUAAAUGAACGUGCAAUAUUCGCCGAGUAACGCAGAGUUUAGCGGCUUACAUUGGGAGAAUUACAUUUUCGCCCGGUCGCGAAGUUUUUUCAUCGUUUUCUCAUGGAGGUUCACGACGAUGUCCAUAUUUAAAAUUAGUUAAAUUUAUAUUUAAAAAAGAUGUGUUAAUAUUGUAAAUGUAUAUGACCUUCUUGUAUAAGUGAUAGCCGAUAAUUUAUUAUUCCGAAGGAGUGCAAUAAGUGUGAAAGAGUUGUGAUUGUUGACGCUUCGGCGAGUUGUUCAAGUCUCGUAGAUAUAUUGUUGACAUUCCAUUCUGACAUUCCCUCUUUAAUUAAGUAUAUAUAUAUUUUUCCUUUUAAUAAUAUUCCAUAUCACGUAAGGUUCUACCAUUUGUAUACUUUCGAAAGUCUAUCCGCAGAUUCUUGCCUUUACUUUCUGUGUUAUAUAGAUGUUAUGUUAGGUGCAUAUUAUUGCAUUUCACCAAAGUUUGUAAAAUAUUUCGUAAUAAUAGUUUUUAUUCGAUGAUAAUUAUAAACGAUUUUUAAAAUGUAAAUAGUUAUUAUAUAAAAUUGAUGGGAUAUUAAAUUUAAAUUAACCAUUAAUUAAGGAGACACGUGUCUAAAACAGUAGUGUAUUUGUAAUAAUUAUUAAUUGUUGUAGAAUUAGUGAAGUGAAUACAGUGAAUUGACUAUCGAUAUACGUCGAUAGAUGACGUCAGUGGGAGGGUCCGCGACGCACUAGUCACACACAAACAAUAUUCCAAAACAACACCAUACUUUAUUAACUUUAUCAAGACAAACAAACAAAAAAAUGUACUGAAGAAGACGAUCUCUCUAACUAAACAUGAUUUAAUAAUAACAUUAUAUAGUUUUGACAUACACAACCCAAAUUAAUAUACUUUUCCUUUUCAUCUUUUAAAAUCACUUAAUAAGUAAGACGAACAUUAAAAAAUGGAUUAAUUUGAACAAUCAAAAGUAAUUUUUUUUACUUUUAUACUCGUAAACAGUAAUCGAUAGUCAGUGCAAUGAAAUUAUGAGAUCGUCUUCUUCCACGUCAUAAUCAUACAGGGUGGGGUAAAGAAGGAAAUAGGGGGCAUGUACAUCAUAAAGUGUACCAUGGAGGUACCUAUAGGUACAGGUACAUUACGAUCUUUGAGCCGCCGCGCCGAGUUCGUGAUCCAUAAACCCGGUCGGCUAUUCCGGUGGUCCGAGAUCACAUCGUGACGUCAGCAAGUUUCUGAUUAAAGAUUACAAAAAAAACAAAGACCUCAUUAUCAAUAAAGUUUACACAACGACAGUGCGCGCCAGGUUUAGACAAAUAAAGUAACUGCACUCAAUGUUCAAAUAAAAAGGAGCUUUCAAGAUUUUAGUGAAUAAUGGAAGUUAGAAUAAAUCGGGUCCCAACACUACCUGGCUUUAGGUAAAUUGUAUACAAUGAUUUCUUAUUGAAUUAGAUUACCACGGGACGAUAUAUCGCAAGUCUUACUAUUGUACAUACGAUGUUAAGGCCUACAUUCCACGAUCCAUAAUUUUGGAAUGCACGAUUGUAGACGAUGAAAAUUGGUGACAUUUUCGUCAAAACUUUGCGCAUAUCGUCCGUUGUUAUCAUGCAUUGUGAUGUUAUGAAACGUGGAUACAGCCGUAUUUGUAGCUGUAUUGAAAAUACUUAUCGAUGUUUUCUUUUAACAAAACAUUCCAGAUAACUUGAAUAUUAUAUUCCUUAACUUUGUAACUACCUUGUUUUGUAGUCAACUUUUUCGAUUCCUACACAAGUAUACACUUAUUCGGUUACCGCGAAUGGAUUGUAAGUACUAUCCGUGAAAAUAAAUAAUUGCAUGUGAAUUUAAAAAUGUCGAACCAUCAGGCUUUGUCAGUAAUAAACCAACCAUAAACCAUUAAUUUUAUAAAAUACCAUUUUUAACUUAUUGUAUCUUCUACAGCUAUUUUUUUUUAAAUAGUGUCUAUCAUACAAUCUAGACUCUGUUACGAACAAUUGUCAUAGAUAAUAUAGAUCGAAAACAGGAGCAAAAGCCGACAUUUUAAUUAUUCUUUAUUAUCACAGAUGGUACAGUCAAAAUGUUUAAAAAUUCAAUUAAUCUAUAGUCGUCGAAACAGAAUAACAAAUCUGCAUAACUUUACUGAAGACUGAAAACUAUUUUCGACUCUAUUUUGUAUAAUUGUACAUUUAACACUUCAUAAUCACAGUAACUCCGGCAAACAAACAAUACACAAUCAGUAGCGGCACGUCAUUUUACAAUAUAUCAUUACAGGGAUUUUAUAUAUUAACGAAUUGUAUAAUUCAAUAUGUACCUAUAGUUUAACAGAAUGUAUAAUUAUAUUAUUAUUGUUUUUUUUUUUCUCCUAGACUUUACUUUUGCUUAUAUGAAUUUUAUCGACAAUUUUUUUUUCUUAAGCAAGCAAAUGCACGUCACUAGAUAAAUUAAUAUAAAUUAAUAUGAAAUUAGCAAUCUCGCUGAUGUCUUGGAAAAAUUAUUUCAAUUUAAUGGUGUAAUAAAUAUAUUAAGUAAAUGUGCCAAAAAAUUUAAUCGAAAUUUUAAACUUAUCGGCAACCUUCUUUGGAUGUUUCGUUUUCUGAUAUACAGUCAUGACAUUGGAGUCACAAGCUGGUGGGAGGCUUCGGCCGUGGCUAUUUACCACCCUACCGACAAAAGACGUACCGCCAAGCGAUUUAGCGUUCCGGUACGAUGUCGUGUAAAAACCGAAAGGGGUGUGGAUUUUCGUCCUUCUCAAAAAUAUAAAAAAAAACUUGAUCUGUCAUUCUAUAUCCAAAUUUUUGGAAACUCCAAACAAUUUGACAAAUUGUAGUGACUCUGAUGUCACGUUUGUUAACUUAAAACCUUACAUAAGAGGCUCAUUUAUUAUGCUUUUACUAUCAAUUGAAUUGAAUAUAUUUUUUUUUAAUUUAUUAAUUCUCGUUUAUGAAUAGUAGUUAUGUGUUGUAUUGUGACUUGUGAUUGCACAUUAGUGUCGUCGGUUAAUAGAGUUUACCUAAUUCGUACAAAUUCAAGCAGUAUUAGAGUGAUUUUUGUUAAAGUUUUAAUUGAGAGGUUUUAAUUAAGUUUGUUAUUUGUUAAUGUGUGCGGCGAGAUAGGAUGACUAUGAGAAUAUUUUAGUUAUUUUAUUCUAUACAUAAUAUGCAAUAGGAAUCUCAUAAUUGAUAUUUCAUUACAUAGUUUUUGUUUUAGACGACGUUUAUAAAUGUUUUAAAUUGAUCUUACGGUUCUUUAUCACAUUGAGAUAAGUAGAAACGAGUUAUGAAGUCUUACCUAUGUUUAAAACUUCUCGAAAUAUAUUUUACGAUUUCAAUGUCAUACAAAAUCAAUUCCUAGAACUAUAGCUACAGAUCAAAGCUUGCCGACUUGCGUUAAGACCGAGCUUAGCAUUUUUUGCUCAAGCCAUGUGAGUCAGUGACUCUUUGUCGCCGUUUUGAUCUGUAGCUCUGUUUUUAGAUUUCGCUUUUUGAGUCUGCACGCAGUGUUUUGGAUAUAUCGCAUAAAGGAGAUGGUCCAUUUCAGAUCCACUCUUGUACCCCGUAUCAUUACAAUUUAAAAUAUACAAGGAUUUUAUUUAAAUCUAAUUAUGUGAAUAAAUCUAACUAACUAAAAAGAAAUAAAUAAAAUUAAAACCCAAAUUUUUGAGUUAUAUCAAGAUAACGCCCUUAAAGCGACUAUGACAUGGCAAUUGACAGCAAACGUCAAAAUGACUACUGCAUGGAAAACGUCAUCAAUCCGCCAUUGUUGACCAUAUUAUUGUUGCAUUACUUGGAAGAGAAUGAAUAUUAUUUCGAAAGAAUUAAAUUCGUAGUAAAUUUGUAUAAUCAAAAAUAGUUUUAAAAUAUAUUUUCUUUUAUUUUCGCUAGGGUACAUGACUGAUCCUGGGCUCCAUACAAUUUUGGACCAUCUCAUUUGAACGCAGACAUUUCAUAUUCAUGUAAAAAACUUCUUUCCUUAAUCACAAUUAUACAUUUUCAUCUACUACCUACAUCUUAGAUAUUCCGAAACAUUGCGUGCAUUCUUUGCCCUUUUUCGCUAUACUUUAAAAUCGUGUCACAUUGCAAUUUGCGACAUUUGAUAUUUCUUGUCACAAAUUAUGAAAUUUGAGGUCACAAAUUCCAUUUUGCCUAAGGUUUUAACGUCAUAGUCCAAAUCCUGUAUGUUACCUUUUGUUUCACACCAUUGAAUCUUUUUUGACUGCUCGCUAUAGUAAAUGAUGUGAUUAUUAUGCGAUAAAGUUAGCCUUUACAAUUUCUUUAUCUUUAAUGUCAUUUCUUAAUGUUAAUUAGCGUCACAUCGACGUCAGCAAUCAUGACAGGUUUGAUUUUUUGCAGAUUUUGUGACGUCGAUGUCACGUUUUUUUACAUGAGAAAUUACACUAUGUUAUGCUCUCUAUGUAGGUAUAUUUCAUGUUUCAUACACAAUUUUCACCAGGAGCCAAAUCUAAGGACGUAAUUUAAUAGGUACAUAAAUUUAAGAAAAAAUAAUUAAUUAUUAUUAUUAUUGUUUAGUUUAUAAAAAUGUGAUUGUAUUAAUUUUAGUAGAAAUCAAAUAUUUAGUUCCUUCAGUUUUGUUACGAGUAUUUAUAAAUUGUAAUUAUUAUAAUGAAAUAAUGAGUUUUUAGCUUAGACUAAUUGUUCUCACUUAAAUAAAUAAAGAAUUAUAAAAAUAAUGUAUAAGUUGUGUAAUUUUCAUUUGUUGUAUUUUUGUCUAAUAUAAUUAAUUAAUUACAAAUUUAAAUUAAAUGAUAUCGUUACAUUAGGGUGUAAAAAAGAUUAUCUAUUUGAUCUUAAAAAAAUAAAUACGAAAAAAAUAUUUAUGUUCUAGUACCAUUAUUGUAUCUUGUAAUUGAAAUGAUGGAGCGAUGUAGUUAAAUUCGUUUGCGGACACCGAAGUAAAUGUAAAAAUAAAAAUGUCAAAUACCG